UUUAUCUGAUGAUAUGAGAUGACGAGCGUCAGACAGAGAAAGAUCAAAAAGUCUAGUCAAGAAGCUUAACGGUGAAGAUGGAGAAUGAAUUGAAUCUUUCACCCACCUCAGUCCAACUAGCACUCUUGUGCCUCAUCGAUCUGCCUUCUCACUCCAGGAGAGCCAUUUCGCCAUUCAAAAAGAACUGUACACGCGCGUAUGGAUCAUCCAUCAGAAUCAAUCAGUCUUUCAGAGUAGUCAUCAAGCAAGCUAUAGAAGUACGUGUGAGGAAAGAGAAAGAAGCGCUUGCUCUCAAAAAAAAGGGAAAGGGGUCAAAUAAAAAGCUACCUUUUAUCAAGGCUAAUUCCAACGGACUUCGCCCAGAUCUUCAUUCAAUGGGACGACGUCAGUGCAUCUUUCUGGAUGAUGAACGCCUGUCUCGCUCAUAGAUAGAGGAAGAGUACGCGCGCUAGCGCGCUACGGCUUACGAAGUUGAUCGGGUCAGAUAGCCCCCUUCGGGCAACCAACCGCACAAAAAAUUCCGAUCAACAACUUGGAGGGAUGGCUGAGUGGCUUAAGGCAUUGGUUUGCUAAAUCGACAUACAAGAAGAU